GCAACUUUUUUUAAGACAAAGUUGGCUUGAAAAACAUAACAAGAGACAUUAACGGUAGAAGAGAACAUCAGGUCAAAAACGUGUGCAUAAAUAGAUCGAUAUGUUGCUGCAACAUUCCUACCCCAUGCAAUAUAACCUGAGCCAGCUUUCUACAUGCACCAGUUUCUCAUUUUUCUUCCAUGGAGAUUAUGAGAGCAUUCUUGAUUUCACUGGUUUUGGUUUUAAACGCGGUUAGAGUUUUGAGUGAUGAUCAACUUCUGGUACUUGAUUACUACAAAGAGACAUGCCCCUUGGCAGAAGAAAUUGUAAGCCGAAAUGUUGAGAUUGCCGUGCUCAAAGAUCCUCGGAUGGCUGCCUCGCUUCUUCGCUUGCACUUCCAUGAUUGCUUUGUCAUGGGGUGUGAUGCAUCAGUUCUUUUGGACAACUAUGGAGACAUUGUUAGUGAAAAGCAAGCAGUACCUAACCAGAACUCUUUACGUGGAUUCAAGGUCAUUGAUGAGAUCAAGUACAUUCUGGAAGAGGCUUGUCCCCUAACUGUCUCCUGUGCUGAUAUUCUAGCAAUGGUUGCUCGCGAUGCCGUUGCAUUGAGAGGAGGCCCAAGGUGGAAAGUAUGGUUAGGGAGAAAAGACUCCCUGAAAGCAAGCUUUGAUGGUGCAAACCAGUUCAUUCCAGCUCCAAAUUCCUCUCUGGAGACUCUCAUUGCCAACUUCAACGAACAGGGUCUUGACAUAGAAGACUUGGUUGCUUUGUCAGGUAGCCAUACACUGGGAAAGGCAAGAUGUUUGAGUUUCAGACAAAGGAUCUACGACAUAAACAUAGAAGAAAAGUAUGACAAGUACAAAAGGUACAGGACUUUCCGAAGAGCCCUACGGUCCAUAUGCCCGAGUUCUGGAAGGGACAAUGCGAUUGCACCGCUUGAUUUCUCAACUCCUGCAAAGUUUGACAAUCACUAUUUCAUUAACAUUCUUGGAGGAAAAGGUUUGCUAGGAUCUGACAAUGUGUUAGUCACAGAAGACCAUGAAGGGGAGAUAAUAAAGCUGGUGUGGGCUUAUGCCUCUAAUCAAGAGCUUUUCUUUAGUUCAUUUGCCAAUUCAGUUGUCAAGAUGGGCAACAUAAAUGUACUGACUGGCAAUGAAGGAGAAAUCAGAAAGAAUUGCAGGUUUGUUAACCCUUAGGUUGUGCUACUUUUAGAUUGCAGUUCACUUUGUAGUAAUAUUCACCUAAGAUUGUAUCCCUAAAUAAUUCUGAACAGAUUCUAUUUUGUACCAAACCUAUGAAAAUCUCAGGCAUAUCUCAGCCACUGAUGGAUAAAAUUGGUCGUUGAUUUUCCACUUCAUGUUUAU